AUGUGGCUCGGAAUCUUGUGCUUAGUUGCAACGACAGUACGAGCUUUGCAGGUCCAAUUUGAUAGUAUUUCCAACGAUAUAGGUAAUCGUGACGAUCAUAAUAUCGAUAUAGAUCCAUUGCCACGUCAACCUUCACUAACACCAGAUCCCAAAUUGUUAAAGAUUGGUGAUCAUGGUGCUAUUAGUUCAGAUUUAGAGAUUUGUGGUAAUUUAACAGUUGCUCAAGUAUUACAAAAAUUUCCAGAAUCAAAUGCUGCAGAUGCUGCUGUAACUGAGACCCUCUGUAUUGGUAUGGUUAAUUUCUUUAAUAGUGGUAUUGGUGGUGGUGGUUAUGCAGUAUUUGCUAAUCCAAAUGAAGACGAACAACUAUUCCUUGAUUUUAGAGAACGUUCCCCCAAUGGCUCUCAUAAGGAAAUGUUUAAAUCAUGUCCUGAUUGUUCAAAACAAGGUGGUUUAGCUGUUGCGGUCCCCGGUGAACUUCGUGGUCUUUACACAUUGUACAAGGAGCGUGGUAGCGGUAAAGUGGGCUGGUACCACUUGAUUGAACCUGUGGCACAGUUAGGGUAUAAAGGUUGGGAAAUCACUGACGUAUUGGGAGCGGCAUUAGAGGCUUACGAACCAGCAUUAUUGAAAAGGGCUAGGGAUUGGAAAUUUGUUCUCAACUCCACAGGAGAUGGUGUUAAAAAGACAGGUGAUUGGAUUAGGAGACCUCAGUUGGCAGAUACCUUAAUGGUUUUAGCUCGUAAUGGUUCAGAUGCACCUUUUUACGAUCCAAACCAUUGGAUAGCUCAAUCAAUGGUUGACACAGUACAAAGAAACGGCGGUAUUAUGCAGUUGGAAGAUUUACAAGAUUAUUUUGUUACAAUGGACAAUCCGCUAAAACUAAAGAUUAGAUCAGGUUUCCAAUAUGCACCUGAUAACGAUUUAACAGUUUUAACCAGUAGUGGAUCUAGUUCGGGUGCUGCAUUGAUAUCUGCAUUAUCUAUUUUAGAUAAAUUUGGAAGUCAAGUUGGUGGUGAUUAUACUGAUAAACCCACUUUUCAAUUAGUGGAAACUAUGAAAUGGAUGGCAAGUGCUAGAAGUAGAUUAGGUGAUUAUGGAACAAAUAGCAUCCCUCGCCAAGUUCAAGAUGUUCUCUCUAGUAACUGGACUGAAAUGGCUGUUAAUAGUAUUGAAGAUUGUAAUCUCAAGACUUUUCCCAACUGGACUUACUACAAACCUGCAUACGAGAUAAACGAACCACAUGGAACUUCUCAUGUUAGUAUAGUGGAUUCUCAUAACAACGCAGUUUCCUUAACUACAACAAUAAAUUUGUUGUUUGGUUCAUUGGUACAUGACCCCAUUACAGGUAUUGUAUUUAAUAAUGAAAUGGACGAUUUUUCACAGUACGAUAGAUCUAACAGUUUUGGAUUAGCACCAUCUCGUUACAAUUUCCCCACACCUGGGAAGAGACCGUUAUCAUCGACAGCCCCCACGAUUAUUCUCAACGAAUUGGGCCUGCCAGAUUUAAUUGUUGGUGCAUCCGGUGGAUCGAGAAUUACCACUAGUAUCUUGCAGACAAUUGUGAGAUCUUACUGGUACAAUAUGCCAUUGUUAGAGGCGAUUGCCUACCCAAGGGUUCACCAUCAACUGCUGCCAGAUCUACUAGAGGUUGAAAACUUAACGAUGGUCGGAUCCCAGUCUAUUCGCUCUCUGCAAGAGAUGGGUUAUAACAUUUUAGAACAGUCACCCAAAAGCUGCGUCAAUGCUAUUCGUAACUAUAGAGCAGCAUGGCAUGCGGUAAGUGACUACUGGAGGAAAAGGGGCAUUUCUGCAGUAUACUAA